AUGGAAUAUAGGGUUAGUUCCAUCACCUCUCUCUACUCCACUAGCAGUAGUCUUAGUUCAUCUUCUUCUGAAUCUUCAUCUAUAGUUAGUUUUCUGAUUAAAUCAUGUGGACUGUCUCAAAAUGAAGCUCUAUUUGUUUCUAAUCAAAUCAAAUCGCAAACCACAUCACAACCAGAUUCAGUUGUAGAAUUGUUUGAAAACUACGGAUUCACCAAACCCUACAUUUCAAAAAUCAUCACUAAGCAGCCAUCAUUUCUGUUAUAUGAUCCUUUUAAAACCCUAAAACCCAAAUUGGAUUUUUUCAAUUCCAAAGGGUUACAUGGAAUUGAGCUUGCAGAUUUCAUCUCGAAGAACCCAACUGCUCUGAUGGUUAGCUUAAAAUCCCAAUUAAUUCUUUCAUUUGAUAUCCUUAAGAACAUUCUGCAUACUGACACGGAUGUCAUUACAGCUCUUAAGGCUUCUUAUCGGGUUCUCAAUGUUAAUGUACUUGAAAAGAUGAUGGCCAACCUAGAGGUUUUGAGAUAUGAAGGUGUCCCUCCAUUUACUAUAGCCAAGUUUCUAAUCAAGGAACCUAGAGUAUUUAUGGGAAAUGCUGAGAAAUUUAAGAAUAUCGUUGAAUAG